AUGGAGGACGACAUAAUUACUCAUUAAGCUAGACUAAAAGAGGCCUUACUCAGAAAACCUAACAAAAGGGUUGCAUCUGAAUUAAGUGAAUCGCAGUAAUUCAAUGCAAGCAGCCACUAACACGAAUUCUUGUCAGCAAACGGAGGAGGCAUGAGUCUGGGACAUUCAGUGAAAGAUGAUGGGAGCAAUUAUUACAGUUCUACUUCUCUCUAUAAUUCAAAAGCCACAUCCAAAAGCUAGAGCCGUCCAAUACUCACAGGCAAGAUUUUGAUACCAAUCCAAUUGACAAUCACCAACGCCAAUAAACUUAGAUGUAGCCAAACACAUAGAUCAAUGAAAAACCCGUAAAAUAGAUCGGAGGGACAGAGUGAUUGGUCAAGUGAGGAUAGGGACAAAGACAAUGAAGACGAGGAAGUUGAUAGACACAGCAACCACUCUCUCACCAAAUAACAUAAGGACUCUAUUUACAUCUCCAAAAAUAAUCUCAAGCUCAACAUGUUCCUCAAUGUUUCACUACUUCUGGAAUAAAACUAGAAUAGAGAGAGUAGUCGUAGCAUACCGAACGCUGUUUGUUUUAGAUUCAUGUCUACAACAGAUCCAAUUGAAGGGCUUAUUACUAUAAGCAAUUACGUUAAGAAUGGUUGCGUUACUUUGUAUAGCAAUGUGGAAGAUAGAGAGAAAGUUUUAUUGAAUAUUCACAGUAUUUUCUCUGUUUUGACAUUGAUCUAUGAUAAAAAUUGCUAAUAUAUUCAGACUCCAGGUUCUAAUGUCAAUCACAAUAAUAUCCAAAAUUAUAAUACUUUUGAGUAUUAACCCAUCAAGUAAAAUGAUAAUGAAAAAACUCAUGGAAAUGAAAUAACUGAAAACCCUAAAUCAAACUAUCACACCCCCAAUGGAGACUCCCUAGUAAUAAUUGAUAUGAAAUACAGCGUGAAUAACCUUCGCUCGAGAUUUGAGAAAUACAUGACAACGUCAGUUUUCAAUCAAUACAAAUCAGCCCUUAUUUGGAUUUAUUCUACUGCCUCUGUCUAUUCUUCCUCAGAAUACAUUUACUUCAAUGGGAAAACAGACUCUAAGUUGCCAAAUAUAUGA